UCGAUCUAUAGCUGCCCUACGCACGAUCGCCCGUGACACCCGGCCCCUCCGCAUCGCUCCGGCCGCUGCCACGCCAACGCAACGGUCGGGCCCGUGAUGCCGAUCUCCGCCUCUUCUCCCACCACCGGCGGCGGCGGCGGCGGCGGCGGCGGCGGCAGCACGUCGACCAUCGUCUCCGAGAUCACUUCCGGGUGGCACGAGCUCCGGGUCCCGGGCUACGCCGCGACCAAGGGCGGCGUCGGCAAGUUCAUCAACUCCGCCGCGUUCGUCGUCGGCGGGCACAGCUGGUACAUCCGGUACUACCCCGACGGCAACAACGACAAGAGCGCCGGCUGGGUGUCCGUCUACCUCUACCUCGACCAGCCCGCCGCCGCCGCCGUCGACGGCGGCGACGUCAAGGCGCGGUACAAGCUCAGCCUGAUCGCCGACGACGGCGAGGACCUCUCGUCUCGGACCAGCGGCUACUCCUUCUGGGGCCCCGGCAAGCCGCGCGGCUACUGCCAGUUCAUCAAGGGGGCGGACAUGGAGGCCUCCCUCAGAGGCCACGGCUUCCGGAUCCGAUGCGACGUCACCGUCGUGAAGGAGACCUGCGUGGACCCCACCGCCGCCGCCACCGCCGAGGCCCUCGCCGUGCCGCCGCCGGAGCUGGACCGGCACCUCGGCGCGCUCCUGGACGGCGAGGUGGGAGGGGACGUGGCGUUCGACGUCGGCGGCGAGCGGAUCACGGCGCACAGGUGCGUGCUCGCCGCGCGGUCGCCGGUGCUCAUGGCGGCGCUCUUCGGCCCGAUGAGGGAGGACGCCGCCGCCACGGGCAGCAUACGGGUCGGCGACGUGGAGCCGAGGGUGUUCAAGGCCAUGCUCCGCUUCGUCUACACCGACGCGAUCCCGGAGGUAGACGACGAGGAGGAGGACGAGGGCUACAGCAAGGUGGGGAUGGCGCAGCACCUGCUGGUGGCGGCGGACAGGUACGGCUUGCCGAGGCUGAAGGCGAUGUGCGAGGCCACGCUGCUCGAGCACAUCGACACGAGCGCCGUGGCGACGACGUUGACGUUGGCCGAGCAGCAUGGGUGCCAUGGGCUCAAGGAAGGAUGCUUCAGGUUCAUGAGAGCUCCGGGCAACACGAAGGCGGUCAUGGCGAGCGAGGGAUUCCAACACCUGAGGACCAGUUGCCCCUUUCUUAUUGAGGAGAUGCUUGCUAAGCUUGCCCCAUGACCUCUUCAAACAGUUGAUCAACUUGUAAGAGGGU